AUGGCUGUCGCUACCGCCUCCGCGGCGCUGGCCCACGGCGAACCGAACACGGCGGAGGCGGAAGCCUUGCGCCAGAUCGGCGCAAUGAAGGCGCUGCUAGCGCGCGCGGACGAACAUAUCACAUCCAUCGCCGCCUGCGGCACCCGCGGGGGGCCCACGCGCGCGCAGCUCCCCGCGCUGACGGCGGGCGCGCAGAACGCGCUGGCGGCGCUUGGGGGCGUGGAGCGGGAGUUGCGGUCGCUGGCGGAAGAGAUGGCGGAGGGCAACGAGUGCGCGGUUGGGGCCCGCGAGGAGGGCGGCGGAGGCGGAAGCGAAAGCUUUGCGCAGAGAGUCCCUGUGUGGCAGCAGGUGCAGUCGGCCCUGCAGCAGCUGCACCAGGCGCAUCCAGUACUCCGGCAGCGGUUGCGCCAUGCCACCAUGACAGCUCAGCACAAUCUCACGCGGCAAGCACACAAGGAGAGAGAGGAGCUGCUAGGGGCAGGACGAGAGGCAUCGUUGCGGCGAAGAAAGCUAGAAUCAGCAGCACAGAUGGCAGCAGCAGCUGAGGAGGUCACUUCCACGCUCCGACGAACACGACACGUCAUGGAACAGGAGGUGCAACGUGGCGUGCACACAUUGGAGGAACUCGACACGUCAGCAGCAGUGCUGACAUCAGCAGGAUCGCAGUACUCCCUGCAGCACUCCCGUCUCUCCAUGGCCCACCAGCUGCUGGCGCUGCUGCAGCGAGGGGACGUGGCGGACAGCUGCUGGCGCUGCUGCAGUGAGGGGACGUGGCGGACAGUUGCUGCCGCUGCUGAGGCGAGGCAACGUGACGGACAGCUGAAUGGGAGAGGGGUGGAGGAGGGGGAGUGCACGCAGGAGUAUAGUGUCAAUUCACAAACUCAUCCCCGUUCGUCUGCUGCCCCCACCAGGCUGAUCAUCAUCCUCGGGUCUCUCUUCUUCUUCCUCGUCUGCUCCUUUAUCGUCGUCUCUCGCGUGCCCCUCCUGAACUCCAUCCUCCUCUCCUCCACCUCCCUCCUCCUCUCCACCACACACUCCGUCCUCUCCCCCAUACUCUCCCUCUUCUCUUCCCUCCUUACCGCUCUCGCGUCCUCCACCCUCCCCACCCUCGCCUCUCUCUCCUCUUCCUCUCUCACCCUCGCAUCGUCCUCUCUCUCCUCCCUCCACCACACACUCCAACCUUUCCUCUCGCCCCCAUCGCCUACCCUGCCUCCUCUCCCUCCUUCCGCACCUUCUCCCAUGCCCUCACCCUUUCCCCCUUCCUCCCCCUCCCCACCCAUCACGACCACCACUAUUCCCUCCUCGUCCCCCUCAUCUUUCCCCUCUCCUUCUCCCUCAUCCGCCUCCUCUCUCCCUCCUUUAAACCCAUCUCAACCGCACACGCCUUCUGAGGCGCCUCACACACCAAGCGGGCCACAGCAACAACAACAGCCGGAUGAAGAAAAGGUUGCUUCGCCCACAGAAUUGGUGUCACCAGGAAUGGAGGAUGGAAGCGGGCUUCUAGCAAGGGUAGGGGGGCACGCAGAGGGUGAUGCAGAAGGGGAUGGGCGCGGAGCAGAGGAGGGAGGGGGGGUUGGACAGGUACAAGUAGAGGCACGGCAAGCAGAGGCACGGCAAGCAGAGGCACGGCAAGCAGAGGCACGGCAAGCAGAGACAGUGCAUGCAGCAAGAGGAGCAGCGAGAGAAGGGGUGAGAGAAGGGGCACGGGGAGAAGGAUCAGCUGCGAGAAGGGUGCGGCGAGGGACAGGGGGGAAAGAGCCAAUGGGGAAAGGGAAGAUGGGUGGUAAGCAGAGGGCGGCUGCACAAGGGAAGGUGAGGGGGAGGGAAAGAGGAAAGCAAAGAGGGGGAGUAGGAGGAGCAGGGAGUGGAGGGGAACGAGGAGGUAACGAGUCAAAAGUGGGAGUAGUAGCAGGAGCAGGAGCAAGGGAAGAGCGAGGAGCCAGAGGAAGUGGAGAGGAGGACGCAGGAGGUAACACAAGAGUAAGAGGAGGAGAAGAUGGAUUGGCAGGUGCAGGUGAAUCUAGUGAGGGCAGUGCAUCUGUCACAGCUGGUGGUGAAUCAGCUGUUGGUCGCCAAGUCCCCAUGCCUGAAGCACCUCCUCUUGCCCACACGCCUCCCCCUGCCACCCACCGUGCUGCCUACUACGGGUCUCCUGAUGUUGGAGAUUCACCUGCUGGGGAUUCUCCUGCUGGGGAUUUUUCUGCUGGGGAUUCUCCUGCUGCUGCGCCUGUGAGUGGCGGAGGAGGUGAGGAGACUGCAAAGGGUGGGGGAAGGGAGAGGGCGAAUGGGGGAUUGGAUGGAAAGGGUGGGAGUGAGGAGGAGGGCAGAGAGGGAGUGGGCAGAGAGGAGGGCGAGCAGGGCACAUGUGGGGUGGCAGGUGGCACUGGCAGGUCGGGUGGUAGCAGGCUCAGGCGGGUGGUCGGAUGGUAUGAGGUGCAGGUGGGAAUGUGGGCGGUGAAUCAAGUCGCAAGCAUGCAGCUGUUGGGGGUUUGUGAGACAGAGGAAGCCAAGGGUAAGCAAGGAAGAAGGGUAGGCAGGGAGAGCGGAGUGGAGCAAGGUUGGCCGCACGGAGUGGAUGGGCGAGGGGACUGA